UCAGUUUUCGGAGGUCGCGCUCUUUCUCUGACCGGCGGACGGGUCCCGUGUCCAAGAACGGACUUUCUGAGUUCGGGCGGCUUUUCUUUCUUCCUUUGGACCCACUUUGCCGUCCCAAGACGCAGCAGCUAUGUCCGCGAUGCGAUCACUUCUGCUUCUGCUGCUGCCUCUGUGUCCCGGUCCGGGACCUGGACUCAGGAGCGAGGCAAAGGUCACCCGGAGUUGCACUGAGACCCGGCAGGUGCUGGGAGCCCGGGGAUAUAGCUUAAAUCUACUCCCUCCCGCCCUGAUCUCAGGCGAGCACCUCCAGAUCUGUCCCCAGGAAUAUACCUGCUGUUCCAGUGAGAUCGAGCAGAGGCUGACCUGGGAGACAGAGUCCACCUUACAGAGCCUGGUGGAGGAGAACGGCUCCUUCCUGGUUCACAUGCUGUCUGCCCGGCACAAAACGUUUGAUGAGACUUUCCGGGAGAUGCUCUUGUCAUCCGAGCACUCUCUGGCCCUGCUCUUCCACCGCUCCUACGGCCGCCACCUGUAUGCCCAGCACACGCUCUUGUUCAGUGGCCUGUUCUCUCGGCUCCGGGACUACUAUGAGAAGUCCGGUGGGGGGUUAGAUGAUGCCCUGGCGGAUUUCUGGGCGCAGCUCCUGGAGAGAAUAUUUCCUGUGCUGCACCCACAGUACUCCUUCUCCUCCGGGUAUCUCUUCUGCCUCACACGCUUUGCCACCUCUGCUGAAGAGUCUCUGAAGCCCUUCGGGGACUCACCCCGCCGCCUCCGCCAGCAGCUAACCCGGGCCCUGCUGGCUGCCCGAGCUUUUGUGCAGGGCCUGAAGAACGGAAGAGAUGUGGUCAACGAAGCACUUAAGACAUCCCUGACUGAGGACUGCAAACGGGCUGUGAUGCGUCUGAUCGGCUGCCCCCUUUGCAGGGGGGUCCCCUCCUUGGCCCCCUGUCGUGGCUUCUGCCUCAAUGUGGCCCAUGGCUGUCUCGGCCCUCAGGGACUGGAUCCUGAUUGGAAAUCCUACCUGGAUAGUCUCCUGUUGCUGGCUGACAAGCUGCUGGGCCCCUUUUCGUUCGAGCAGGCCGCCCGCGCCGUCGGGCUGCGGAUCCAGGAGGCCUUGAUGUACCUGCAGGAACACAGCGUGCGGGUGUCAAGCCAGGUGUUUAAGGAAUGCGGGGCCCCCCAGAUCAUCCAGGCGCGCACUCGCCGAGCCCCACCCCUCCGGGAAGACGGACUCCGGCUCUGGAGCUCAGGGUCCUUGGAGGAGCAGCCGCCCACCCAAAAGACCAUGAGCAACAACCUCACGAGGCUGGUGUGGGAGCUCCGCGAGCGGCUAGGUCGGGUGCGGGGCUUCUGGGCCGGGCUGCCCCAGAGCGUGUGCGCCGACUCCCGCAUGGCCGCGGACAUCUCGCAGGAGGCGGCGUCCUGCUGGACCGGGGCCGGGCGAGGCCGGUACUUGUCCCGCGUGGUCGAGGACUCCGAGACCGAGCACCAGGACAACCCGGAGUUCCCGGGGGUGACCCUCGCCCCGGACCUGGCUGCUCGGAAGAGGCGGCUGCUACUCCGCUCCGCCACCAUCCGAAUGAAAGCGGCCGCGGAGGGCCGGGACCUGGCGUCGGAGGACUCGGAAGGCAGCAGUGCGGGUUCUGGAGAAGGCGUCCACUAUGCAGACGACUGGAUGGCUGGGGCAGCAGCUGUGCCCGCGCCAGCUCGCCCUCCUCGCCCUCCUCGGAGAGAGGGAGCUGGGAGCAAAGGAGGAGGUGUCGUUGUUCGACACAACCAGGGGAGGAGCAGGACUGGGGGGGCAUCUCUUGGUUUUCAUUUCCAGCCCACCCUUAUUAUCUCCCUCUCAGUCCUGGCCCUCCUGGGGCCUCGGUAACACAAAAGGGGGUGCCCUGGCGGCAGAAGGGUUCAUGGGCCCUUCCCUGCCCCUCCCGCUUAGCUGGGUGUGGGGAGGAGUUGAAGGGGGCUGCAGAGAGGUUAGAGAAAAGGGACUUUUGGGGUGAAUGGCUGGGGCCCCGAAUCCAGGGGAUUUUUUCCAUAGGUGAUUUGGGAGUAGGUGGGAAGGGUAGCCACAAUAUUUAUUUUUUCAUUGGUUAAUGGAGGAUGUGGGGCUGGGGGGUAUUUAUUU